GCCAGGGCGGGAAGAAAAGGAUCAAACAGAGCAUAAACAAAAGGAUUAAAGUGCUUAAAGGUUGAUUAUGUUCUGAGAAAGGUAUAAGCUCUAUGUUAUGCUUUCAGUACCCAAUUCAAGCUUCCAGCUUUUAGAUGAACUCCUUUGCCAUUACAUAGAACUUUGGAAUAAAGAUGCUGAAUCUUUCCUUUUUUGUUCCUAAAUUUGAUUCUUUCAUUUUGUUCCAUAAAGUAACAAAAGUUAUUGUUUUUAUGAAUGUUUUUGAUUUAUAAGCAAUCCAUUUCAACUCCCAUUUCUUGUUCAUCUUAACCACACCUGAAUUUCCGCCAUGGAACAUUCCACUACAACCACCCUCUUCUUCAUUCUUCUCAUCUUCCCCCUCGCCGGACCCGCCAUGGCCUCCGACGACCACCGUCUCGUUGAGGUGGUGCCUCCGGUAAGCCUCCUCUGUAUCAGCGAAUGCUCAACUUGCCCUGUCAUAUGCGCACCCCCACCACCGCCCACGGUGACACUCAAAUCUCCUCCACCGGUGCCUCACUCCCCUCCGAUGGCUUCCUUCCCACUCAACCCACCCCCAUCCCCACCUCGACCAACCCCAUCACCACCGCCGCCUCCAGUACCGGCGGCGACUUCAUCUCAUUCCCCACCGCCUCCCGCUUUCAAAUACUAUUUCAGCUUGCCACCACCGCCGCCAGUGCUGAUACCGGAGCCUCUGCCGCCGACGACGGCGGCGCCUCAUGGAAAUACCAAUGCUUAUAAUUACUACUUCUACGCUUCGAAUUCAUGUUCUCUGAAUUCUCCGGCGUUUUUGUGGGCUCUGUUUCUCUUCCAUUUGGUGUGUGUCUUGGUGGUCGUGAAGUGAAGCUUGAUUUUCAUGGUGUUUUGUAUGCGAAGUAGAAUUUUAGGAACUAUUCUUUUUCAAAGCUUGGAUUUUUAUGCCGAUUUAUUAAUAUUACAAUUUUCUUGUGCAAAUCUUAAAGAUUUCUUCUUUUUUUUUUCAUCGUUAAAUCAAGGGGGUAUGAACACUUCCAUGUAUGCAUUUUGAAAAUUUUAGUUUUAAUUUUUUUUUAAAUAGAUGUAAAUCUUU